AGAUUGAACAAAUCGAACGCAGUAUGGUAUUAGUAUGAAAUUUGUCAAAAAUGUGUUAAUUUUCAUCGCAUUGUUCUCUACGACGUGCUCACUCAAAACAACGAAAAAUCCAUUUCUUUUAACGAAGGAGGAAAUAAAAUAUGCGUCAAUUUCAGAUGUGGAUUUGCAAUAUGGAUUGGCAAAAACACGCGAAAUGUUUCAAUUUGGAUGGGAUAACUACAUGGAACAUGCAUUUCCAGCAGAUGAAUUAGAUCCAAUUCAUUGUAGAGGCCGUGGACACGAUCAUGAUAAUCCAGAUAAUAUUAAUGUUAACGAUGUGCUUGGAGAUUACUCGUUGGGAUUAAUUGACACUUUGGAUUCGCUUGUGGUUUUUGGAGACGCAGACGAAUUCAAACGAGCUGUUAAUCUUGUAAUUAAAACAGUAUCGUUUGAAAAGAAUACAACAGUUCAAGUAUUCGAAUCAACUAUUCGAGUGAUGGGUGGUCUUCUGGCUGCUCAUAUGAUUGCUGCCGAUAAAACUAAUCGAUUUGGUCCUUUCUAUAUGUCAGACUACGGUGGAGAACUUUUAACACUUGCCCAUGAUUUAGCUGGGCGACUUUUACCAGCGUUCGAUGGAACGGCCACCGGAAUUCCUUACACCCGUAUAAACUUGCAAAAGGGAAUUCUUCCGGGAACGACAAACUCUACAUGUACAUCAGGCGCGGGGAGUCUAUUGCUUGAAUUUGGUGUAUUGUCAAAGCUGCUUGGAGAUGACACCUAUGAACGACUUGCUCGACGAGUUAAUGAAAAGUUGUGGAAUUUAAGAAAUGAGGUCACUGGAUUGCAUGGAAACUUAAUUGACAUUCAAACUGGAGAAUGGCUUGGUCACUUAGCAGGCCUCGGUGCUGGAAUUGAUUCAUUCUAUGAAUAUAUGCUAAAGUCGUACAUCCUUUUUGGUAAUCAACGAGAUUUAGAUAUGUAUAAUGAAUCAUUUGCUCGUAUCACAACAUACAUGCGUCGAGGUCGUUCUAGGUGUUCCAGUCUUGAAGGUGAUAUUCCAAUUUAUGUAAAUGUUGAUUCAAGAGAUGGAAGCACUUCAAAUACAUGGAUCGAUUCUCUUCAGGCAAGUUUCGCAGGAGUUCUGGUUUUGGCUGGUGAAGUCGACGAGGCUGUGUGCCAUCAUGCCCUUUACUAUGCAAUUUGGAAGAAAUACGGAGUUCUACCCGAACGAUUCAAUUGGCAGUUACAAGCUCCUGAUGUCUCAUUUUAUCCACUUCGUCCAGAAUUUGUUGAAUCUACAUAUCUAUUGUACACUGCUACGAAAAAUCCAUUUUAUCAGCAUGUUGGACUGGAAAUUCUUGAUUCAUUAGAAACAAUUACUCGAGUAAAAUGUGGCUUCGCAACUGUGCAUGAUGUCAUUGAUGGAAGUCUUGAAGAUCGAAUGGAAUCGUUUUUCUUAUCAGAAACAUUAAAGUAUUUAUACUUGUUGUUCGAUGUAGAUCAUCCAAUUAACAAGGAACAGCAAGAAAGUGUUCUUUUUUCAACAGAGUAAUUUCAGGGUCACAUAUUUCCAAUAUCCCCGCUGUUCAAUCUGCCUCCUACUCCGCCAUCUCAAUAUGAUCCACCUCUCAAACCAUUGCCACGUACCAACUCAUCAUUUUGCGAAACUGCCACAGACUUCACUUUUGGAACCCCACCACUUCGUCAUUCUCAAAUGCGUGAAUUGUUCAAAGUUAUUGGAGUUGAUUCGGUUCUUCACGAUUGGUUAUAAUUUAUUUGUACUAUUGCAUAUCUGAUUUCUUGUUGCCUUAUAUUUUAUGUGGUUUUAGUUCUGUGAUAGCAAUAUUUUUUUUCCGGUUAGCAUUAAAAUAUAUGAAUUUCAAUGAUCUAGAAAUAAAUCAAAAGAAGAUAGAAUAAU